AUGGCUAAUUUGCAGCUAAUUUACCAAGUUAAGCUUGGUCUAAUGGGAAAGAUUGUACCUUCCAAUCUUGAGGUUGGAGGUUCAAUCCCUAUUAGAGACACUUUGAGGAUGGAGAUCGCUUACCCUUCCCCCCUCACUCUCAAAGUCCCAUUGUGUUCACCCGAAACAUCUACUAACAUUUUAUGUGUUUCUAUCUUUGUUCUUUUACUAUUCUCAAUGUCAUCUUAUGCCUAUGAAAGUAGAACAUAUAGUUAUAGUCCACCUUAUCAUGGUUCUCCACACAUAUCUCCGGCCCAACCCACGAGCGACAUUGAUCUUUACAUGAAGGUUCAAAAUGAUGCUCGAAAUGUUGUUGGGGUGCCGCCUUUGUCAUGGGACAAUCGGUUGGCUGCCUAUGCCCAAUGGUGGGCUAACCAAAGGCCGUACGAUUGUGCCCUACAACACUCUAGAGGUCCUUAUGGGGAGAACAUAUUUUGGGGGAGUGGUGGUAGUGAUUGGUCACCCGCCUUUGCAGCCCAAUAUUGGGUUGAUGAGAAAAAGUGGUAUGACUAUAAUUCCAAUUCCUGUGCUUAUGGCAAGGAUUGUGGACAUUAUACCCAAAUUGUUUGGAAGAGUUCUACUAGAGUUGGUUGCGCUAAAGUAGUCUGUUAUAAUGGUCGUGGUGUUUUUAUUACAUGCAAUUAUGAUCCACCCGGGAACUAUAUUGGUUCAAGGCCCUACUAA